AUGCUUGGCCACCAUGGCUGCGCCAGAACCCUCCCCACUCCCUGCCGUCAUGCGGCGCCCCUGUGCGGUGAAUUGGACGCUUCGAGAUCAGGAGGGCGCUCUUUAAAAAGAUGCCCGGCCCCACCGUUGGUCGGACCGCUAUAUGACUUCCCCAACGACGCCCUUUGUUACAUCGCCACCUCUCACCAAUCCACCCCAGGCCUGACCACGCUGCCUCCUCGCACACGCUUUACACAUCGCAUCCUCUCACGUCACUGCAAUUAGCCAACACUUUCGCACCAUCGCCAUCACCAUGCUGCAAACAUACGACCAGUCCCACCAGCCGCCGCUACUUUACGGUCCUUCGUCCGCCAUGUCGUCGACCAAGAGAUCCAUAGGCAACAUGACGACCUACAACCACCAUCACAUCUGGAUCGUGACUGGCCCUGCUGGCUGCGGGAAGAGCACCGUUGCCAAAUUCCUGGCCGACCAGUAUGCCUUGAAGUACAUUGAGGGUGAUGACUUCCAUCCUCAGGCCAAUAUCGACAAGAUGGCUGCCGGAACCCCGCUAAACGACGCAGACCGCUGGGACUGGCUCAUUCUCCUUCGUGACCAGGCGCUGGCCUCGCUGGAUCAGGGUGCUCGCGGUGUCGUCGUUACCUGCAGUGCGCUGAAGAAAAAGUACCGAGAUGUAAUCCGCCUGGCGCCGCUGUACGACCAAGAACACGAAGUGGCGGUGCAUUUCAUCUAUCUCCGCGCGAACAAGGAGACGCUGUUGGCUCGCGUCAAGGCCAGGCAAGGCCACUACAUGAAAGACUCGAUGGUGAUCAGCCAGCUGAACAGCCUCGAGGAGCCAGAUGCCAAGGAGCGCGACAGACUGAAGGACGUAAUCUGUGUCGAUGUUUCCGGCAGCAUGGCAGAGGUGCAGAAGCUGGCGCUGUCUGCCGUGAGCAAAGUGCUGGCGGAGGACAUGGUGGGGAAAUCGUCAUGACCCCGAAAUUGCCUGUUUGCUUUUUCUCCCUUUUGCGAUUAUAAUUUCCCUCAACUAGCUCUUAGCGCUGGGCAUGGUUGGCGUUCACCGUGGGAUCCGGACACUUGACGAAAACGGCGUACUCUUGUUUCUGAAUAAUUCUAUACCCCUUUCGCGGCCGGGGUGGUUUCCAUUUUCCUUUCGUAAUCUCUUGAGGGAUCGACUGCAUGGCUCUGCGGGACUGAAAAAAGGACUUGCGGAGGUGGGGCUGUGGCUUCUGUGCACAGCCAGUUGAUCAGCGGGGUGUCUCCGCGUUGCGGGUCAUAGCGAGAGUAAUAAAUAGCAUUCACCGCC